GCAGCCUUUCCUCUUAAGAUGGUGGAGAUGAGAAUAUUUUAGUUUUAUGGAAAAUUGAUGGUAGAAAUUUGUGUUUUCUUGUGACUGUUAGAAGAAAAACUACUGAGGCAAAGCAAGUGCAUGAUGGAGUUGGGUCUGGUGCUGAGGUUAUUAUUAAUAGGAAUACUUAUCUCUACAACGUGGACCCAAGUGGCAUCAGGACUUGUGAGUUCAGAAUGCUUGAAGAACUUCUUGCAUUUAACCCUGAGUAUGGAACACUUUAAGGAUAAAUAUUUAUCUUUUUCUGUUGUUGACCGAUCUGGUAUAACCUGGGAGCUAGACGAGGCCCUGGCAUCUCAGUGUGGCUACACAAUAACUUACAGCAGCAGGAAUAGCAUUGUAUUUCGUGCUUCUGCGCUAAGUUGUCAUUCUCGCUUGGAGAAAGAUGUGUUCACGUUAACUAUACAAAUCAAAGUGUCCCAUACUUCUGAUAUGAAAAAUGCUACAACUCAUCUGAAAAGUGCAAGUUGCCCUUAUGGCCCAUGGAGUCCAAGAGAGUUAGUAUGUGAAACCAACUACAUGGAGGUUUCUGUCUGGAGAGAUGUUCCCCAAACUGAGAAGAAUAUCAUUUUGAAUGAACCUGAGGAUUGGAUUCUUUCUUAUCCAAAGGCAAAAGCAGAGGAAGCCUCAAUAUGGCAGAUAGUGUUUCAUCAACCAGAAGAAAAAAGAGCUCUGCUUGUAAGUGAUGCGUGGAAGGCUGGCUAUGGACUCAACACCACAGAAACUAGAAUUCUGCUGCGAGUGCCAUAUAACACUGCACAAAUUCAGCUGGUCAAGGCUCAGGGAAUUACCUUUUCUGCAGUGAGAUCAAGUACAUUUUACAAACAGCAGUGGAUGAUCCUGAUGGUGGAUACUGCUAUGGCGUGUCCUGUAGAUGGUGUGAACUACAUUAACAAAACAAUCAUCUGGACUGUUCCAAAAUAUUUUCAAGCACUCUGUGCUGGAGCAACUGGCUUUAAGGAUGUGCUUGUUGAAGCCGGUGUGAAUCUACACAAACUCUCUGCUGAAGAAAUGGCCUCCAGGAAAUAUGUGUUAUCUAAUGACUUAAAUACAAUUACAGUGAAGGUACCUAUAGGUGCAGAAGGUGGCUCUUACAAGACUUCUGUGAGCAGUGGAAAGCAUGGGGCGAAAUACUCCAUCAACCUGUUUUUGGAACACCAGUGGGAGGAUAACAAAUGGGGACUAAGCAAGUAUACCCUCAUCAAGGAAAUAGAAACACCGUUUGAACAAGCAGAACUUGCUAUAACUGACAACUACAAUCUGAGUGCAAGGCUAAUGAAUGUUACAGUGGGAAUGUUUUUCCUGGAUGUGGAGCUUGUGAACUUGACCAUUGAGGGGACAACUGUAACUGUACCUGAAGCUAUUCAGCAUGGGUAUUUAACAUAUGAGAUUCAAUAUGCUAAUGGAAGCAAAAUCUAUGUAAUACAAGCGUCAUUUGAUGCACCAGGCAUUAAGAAAGAGUACGUAACCGAUGACACAAGAGAAUACACACUCAAUGUCACACUGGAGUUCAUCAUCCUUCCAACAAAUGACACGUUUGCUGUCCCCAUCAUAACAGUGUCUGCUGUUAAAGAUGCUGUACUACCCAGUGCAAGGGGAUAUUGUGAUGAGGAUGACUUCCAUCUCAUUAUCACCCGUGGGAAUGUGGAUCAAAACUGGCUGCCCUUCAUCUCAGAUCAGCACCUGAUGCCGGAGGAUGCCCAGAAAUACUACUAUAGCCUGAAUGACAAUGGCACUCACUUGACUGUCUCUGUCCCUUUCCUUUCCUCCCUUGUGGACUAUAAGGAUAUUCAUAUUUCUGGAGUAAUGGCUUCCCUUCACUUAACCUUGAAGGAUGGCAUCACCUUGGCUAAUAAGAAGGACUUCUUGAUUUCCUGCAGAUUUCCACCUUCGGAGCUAAUUCAGUGCCUUCCCAAUGGCACUGUGGUAAUUACUGCAAUAAAAUUAGUAAGGCUUGCAGAUCUGGACACUAGCCUGCUUGUCUUAAGAGACAAACAGUGCAAACCCAGUCUAGUGACAAAGAAGACUGCAACCUUUAAGUUCAAUGUGAAUACAUGUGGAACAAGUAGAAAGUUCAACAGCACAUCUAUAACAUAUGAAAAUGAUGUACUCUAUUUCAGACCUGGAAAUGAUAUACCUGUAUACCAAUUAAAGUUUGUAUGUGUUUACACAAUCAAGCACUCAGCUGAUGUCAAGUAUGAAAAUAAGAAGAGCCUUCCAUCGCGUAUUAAGCCAGGUUUUGGCUCUUUAGAUCUCUCACUGAAGCUUUUUAAAGAGAAAUCCUAUUCUGAGCCCUAUCGGGAACUGGAAUAUCCUGUGGUAAAAUAUCUGAGGGAGGCACUGUACUUUGAAGUUGAACUGCUCCAGCCUGCAGACCCAAGACUGGAACUACGUUUGGAAGACUGUUGGGCUACCAACUCCCGAAGCCAAGACAGUCUUCCACAAUGGCCAAUCCUCAUAAAUGGGUGUGAAAAUAGUGAGGACUCUUACAAAACAGUCUCUCAUGAAGUUAAUUACAGCCAUAGAGUGAAAUUUCCUCAGCACUUCAAGAGAUUUGAAGUGACAGUGUUCACCUUUGUACAAAGCACAACUCUAUUACAAAUGCAGUUAUAUUUCCACUGCAGUGUUGUGAUCUGCAGCACUACACCACUGCCUUCAGAUGUGAUUUGUCAGAGGAGAUGCUAUCCUGGGACACAUCGCCUUGACCGCAGUGCAGAACCGCAUCCACAGGGGCAAGUGUCAUCUGGAGCAGUGCUUAUUAGAAAGGAAAAACUGCUCAGAAAAGGUGAACACAUAGAUUUGAGGAAAUAUCCAAGGACUGUUUAGUUCCAUAAAGUUGCAGUUAAAUGGCCUAAGCGUGUGGUCUGCCCAGACUUACAAGGAAGGGCAUCUUAAAAAUAUCUGCCAGGAAAAUACAUUCUCAGUGCCAACUGAGGAAAAGGGUCAGCUAAACAAACACUGAUGUAAUCUCUUAGUAAACUUCAGUGUGUUCCUCUCUUUUGUUUCUCUAGAGUUUUGAAGUUGUGUUUUUUGCGUGACUUGCAUCUGACCUAAUCUUACCAGCAAACAUUUCUGAAACUCUGCUAGUCAUACUGCAGUUGUAAACAUCUGUUUCAGAGCAGAGGGAUGAUGGUAGCAGCAGACAUCAAGUCAGUCAUUUGGGGUGGGUUGUUGUUCUUCUUAAAGACUUAAGAUGAAUUAAAUGUUGUAGGGAGCUUAAUAUCAGUAAGCCUUUCUGAUGUAAGGUGGGCAUGAACGUAUUUGAUCUUGUAGAGGCAACUGACAGAAAAUCUGUGAGCUGUGGAUCUCUUUGGAGAGCUGUAGCUCUGCAGUGUCAAGUUGUUGCUUUCCUUGGAAUGGGAAGGAAUCAGUCACAGAUUGCACACUAGAAGAAAAUAAGUGGAGACUUUUAGUGAAGACUUGGUGUACUAUCAUCACAACUAUUACUAAACUACUGUUACUAAACUUUAUCUAUAAAGUGUUGAGGGUCCUUGCUUAUAUUAGGAGGAGUUCCUGUUAGAUUACUUUGUCCUUUCUUUUUUUUAGUGGAAGGAGAAGUGUCUUUUUUUUUUCCUCUGCAUCUGAACAGAGCCAUGAAAACCGUUCAGAUUCAGUACAGUGUUUUCCUGUUGUAAGGAAAGCUAUUGCUUGGCAUGAAUCAUUAUUGCUUAGGGCUAAAUCUACAACAAUGGGUAUAAAAUGCUGUUUGCUUUUUAACUUUAUUUAAUAGAAUUCUACUAUAGGGGAUUUCUCUGAAAGCCACCUUGAACAAGAAAUUAUUUCAUGAAUCUGUUUGUACCUUGUGAAGAAAAACAAUGAAUAAAUGAUUUGUAACUGUUAUAAUACUUGUACAGUGGCCUCAUUAAACCAGCUUGUGCUGUAACUUAAAGCUCAUGUUUGUAAAUCUUGUCAAUCUUGCAGUUUCCUGUUAAGUUUAUAUGUAGCUGAUAGAUUUUUGCUAGAAAGGACAAUAAAAUAUGUGUAGGCUUCCUGAUGAACAACAUAUAAAG